ACAUUGUUGGUUCAGAUUGGGUUAGUUUAAAUGUCAAGGGUACUGAGGACAUGGUAUUGGGUGAUUGGAUAUGUCAUGUGGCUGAAGAGAAGAAGUACUUUGUGCACUAUGUCGGCUAUUCAAUAUGGAGGCCCAUCCGUCAAAACCCUUUCCAUGACUUUUAUGUAGAUCCGGACCUUGGUGAGACCAUCUUGGUCCAUCAGAUGAAAGGCAUUGAGAGAUGUAAUGCCAUGAAGGAUGUGUACACCAAAUACGAAAAGGUUUCCAAUGCUCAGUAUCAUUCGGAAUUCAACAGCCAAUGGUCUGGUCACAAAAGGGAGAUUGUUCCAAAAUGCUGGGAGAAAGAACAGAUCUGGAAUCAAACUUUGCAGUGCACCUACAAGAACUGGUUCUAUGAAGCAUGGGGUUUUAAGGAAGGGAAGUGUUAG